GGUGGAAUUGUGCAUUUCACUUGGCCAAUAGAAGAAUCAUUGUUUGGUGGAUGUUUGAUGUUGGAUCAGAAUUUGGGAAUCACUGGGCCCAGUCCCACCAGGAGCCAAUGAUGUCUCUUGGUUGUGUAUGGAUGGAGCAUGGAGGGGAAGGAGAGGCUGGAUUUAAAGGGCCCCAGCAGCGCCCCCCCCCUUCCUCCUUGGUGCAGGGGCCUUGCUUCCUCCGGAGGUGGAGCUGGGCAGGGGGCGGGGAGGUGAGGCAGGCUUUUCCAGUCCCCGAGGGGCUUGGCGGGCUCCUUAGAUGGCAGAAAGGGCUUUGUGUGUAAGUGGGAAGCAGCGUGGGGGUGUUGCUGGUGGUGUUGCACAAGGGAGGGAGGCUUUUGCACGGGAGCCUUGCAGGCGUUGCUCCAGGGAUGCACUUCCAAAUUGGGUGCCUCCUGCCUUUCUCUCCUCUGGACUCUAUUGGCUGGUUGAAGAAGACCUCUUCUGGGUCUCAUCUCUUCCUUACCCCCCUGUUGUUGUUGUUGUUGUUGUUGUUGUUGUUGUUGUUGUUCCAGAUACUUUUCUCACAAGGAGAACUUUCCCCAAACCAUGUUGAGAGGACUCUCUAACUAGAUAUUUCUGCCCCAAGCCUGAUAGACUCUCAGGGUUCCUUUUCAUGAAGCUCAGGGGUGUACAAGAGGCUCUCUGUCCAUGUCCUAGGGUAGUCUUCUCUUCAGAAUUGUUGGCUGUGGUGUGCCGUUUCUGACUCAUGGCGACCCUGUCUUGGGGUUUUCUUGGCAAGAUUUCUUCAGAGGCGCUUUGCCCUUCUUCCCCUGAGGAGGCUGAGAGGGUGUGACUUCUUCUUGCCCAUGGUCGCCCACUGGCCUCCCUGGCCUCCAGAGUGGUUUCAGGAUUGGAGUUAGGGCUCACUUCAUAAUAGUUCAGCAUACAGCUUUUAAGGGCUUUGGUCUUUUUUAAAACUUUAUUUUAUUUUUGAAUGAAUGAACUGUUUUAAUAUGGCACUGAUUUAAUCCUCUUUGAAGGCUUUCUUUUGUAUGUUUUUAAUUGGACUGUUUUGUUUUGUUUUUUAAAUUGUAAACCACUCUUAAGUCCCAAUUUUAGGGGAGAAAGUGGGACCAUGAUGAGGAGCAGAGGAUGAGCUCCCUGGGACUGUCCUGAAGGUUGCUUUCAGUUUCAUUCCUUUUCACUACCCCUGAGGCCUAAAGUGUCUGUGUUUAUCUGUCAACCAAUGUAUCUUUAGCAGGAUGAAUCGCCUAGGGCCACUCCUUAUGCAGCGCUUGGACCAGCUCUUGGAGUUUGUGGACUUCAACAGCACUCUUGAACUAGACUAUCUCCAGAUUGCCCAAUGCCUUGAGGGGAUGCGUCAGCGGUGCUGCCAGCUGGACCAUGACUUGCAGAGAGUACAGGAGCAUCUGCGCCAGUCAGAAUCUGAGCGUUUGGUGCUGGAGGUGAAGUUGAAACAUGCCCGCAACCAAGUGGAGGUGGAGAUGAAGAAAAGGCAUGGGGCAGAAGCAGAGCUAGAAAAACAGGAGCGCAAGCUGAAGCUUAUCUAUGACUGCCUGAUGGCUGAUCCACAGAUCUCUUCUCUCAGUGAGGAUCAGUGCUUAGCAGCUCUGGCAGUUUUCAACCGGCCAUGUUUCAGCCACAGCACUCUGCUGCCUAGCAAACACUGUGUGCCAGGGGAAGUAUUGCCUGCAGUGAAAGAACUUGGUACUUCAAUUUUGUCUGACAUCAGUUUUGACCACUCAGAUGAUGAAAUAGACCUUGGUACGACAAGGCCUAUCAAAGACAGAGACAGAGGGCGCUCCUCCCUGGCACCCCUGAUUCAGCCAGUGGUAGCAGCCAAACGGGCACGGCCAUCUGCGGCAGCUAUUUCCAGUUCUUCCCAGUCCAAGGGGGGGAUGCGUGUGGUGACCCUGAAAUCUGGAGUCAUUGCUGAUAACAAAAGCUCUGUUGGCCACAGUUUGAUACCAAUUGCUGCAACAUCCCGUCGCUGUUCCCAGCCCAAUCGUUGGCCCUCCACAAAGUCAGAUCUCACUACAAUCUGGGGCAGCACUGAUAGCUCAACAGGAGGUGGCAGUCAGGCUGAAAAUGACAACCUUGACAUAGAAAUCGGGCAUAAGCAAAGGGGUGCUCCAGUCCCCUUCACUCCAUCUCCUCCACAAUCAACACCCACACUCCAGCAACACCACUUUACUUCCAAGACGGUGAUCCGCCUGGAGUACUGUGCAGUUUGCAAAUCCCGCCUUCGUUUUGGGAAGAUAGCAUUCAGAUGUCGACCUUGCCAACUCCUGGUGCAUCCUGAGUGCAAAGAACACUGCCAGGCUCUAUGCACACCUAGUGCCCAUCCCAGAGUAAGAGAGGGGAUUCUGGCUGAUUUUGCACCCGCCACACCACCUCUGGUGCCCCCCAUAGUGAUUCAAUGUGUCAAUCAAGUCGAAAAGCGUGGCUUGCAGGAGACUGGACUGUACAGAGUACCAGGUGCUGAGCAUCUUGUGCAUGAAUGGAAAAACAAACUACUCAGUGCUCGGAGAGCACUUCCCUCCCUCGACCAUGUGGCUGAUGUGAAUGUGAUCUGUGGCAUUCUCAAGGACUUCCUGAGGAGUCUGAAGGAACCUCUGGUUACCUUCUGCCUGCAUUCUGCCUUCCUGCAUGCUGCAGAAAUUCCAGAUGAAUCUGCCCGCCAUACUGCACUUUGCCAUGUCGUGAUGAAGCUACCUCUGGCUAAUAGGGACACACUGGCUUUUCUCAUGCUCCAUCUGCAUAGGGUUAUAAAGAGCCCUGAAUGUCGUAUGGACCAGCAUAACCUGGCACGGAUCUUUGGACCAACAUUGGUUGGACACAGUACCCCUAACCCUACCCCUGUCAUCAUCAUGGAAGACACACCUCGUCAAUGCCUGGUGGUUUCACAUCUUUUGGCAUUACCACUGAAAUUUUGGAAACGUUUUGUGGGAGAAGAGCAGGAAAACCUUGUACCCUCAGUGCAACAAACUAAUGGAGUGAAUGAGCAAGAGCAGCUUUCCUGUCCUCUCUCUUCUCCCAAAAUCAAUGCACCCAUCCAGAUGAGUCCAGGAAGUGGCUGCCUCCCCAGUAAACUAUGUGACUGCAUUGGUACCACCUUCCCACCUUUGAAUGGCCACCGGACCAAGAAGACAGGCAAAAUCCUUGCACUUCCAAAAUAAGGAGGCUACUUUUCCACCUGCCACUGAGGACUGUCCUUUCACCACUGCCCCAUACUGCAGUGAUCUUCUUUGCCUUUUCCUCUUCCAGGAAACCUCCAGUUUCUGAUCUGGUAUCCUUACAGAACAGGGCAAGACGUGUUACUUGAUUUCUUGACAGUGGUUUGUACUGUGGUCUUCUUCUCCGGUCUUAUAUUACUACCACCUCUCCCACCUCCAUCAUCAAGAAUUCUCAGAAAAGCAAAACCCUUGCCUUUGAUUCAUUUGGGAUGUGUGAUAAAACUGUCAUCAAGUCUGUCAGUGUACAUACAGGUAUCUUCUAUAUUACUAGUACCUGAAACUGUGGAGUUUAAUGGUUGGGUGAAUUCAGGCCUGUUCCAAUGCCAUCUGUUUGGAAACUGGGCAACUAGGGGGUAGAUAAUCACUUCUACACCACCAGCACUUCUUUUUUGUUGUUAUUCAUUACACAAGGAGGGUAGUGUCAUAUUAUGGUGGAUAGUUAAAGGGACAAGUGCUUUUUGUGUAGUAAUUGUUGUCAUUCAUUUCAUAAGAAGCUGUUAGAGGAGGUGGAGACAACAGUUGGCUUCUCCAAGGAUGCUUUGUUGCUCUUUCACUGACUAUUGACUAUGCUGCCUAGUGCUAAUGGGAGUUGCAGUCCAGCCACAGCAGGUUGUGUAGAUUACUUUAAAAUAUGUUAAUCUCAAAAAGCACUAUACGUGUAUUUUUCUUUGCUAAAUAUAUGAAUAACUCUUGUAGAAGACAGCCUGUAAUCUAUCUUAAUAAAGAAGAU